GGCCGCCGCCGCACUUCCGCCCAGGUGAGUAGGCCGCCGCCGCACUUCCGCCCAGGUGAGGGCAGCCGCCCUACUUCCGCCAGGUGUGGAGGCGGCGCCCGCGCAGCCCUGGGGCUUUCACAGCGCUGUCGCCUGACCAGGCUUUUUGAAAGUGAUUGAAAAGGAUAAUCUAAAAUGCCUGAAAAUCCUGCUGCAGAGAAAAUGCAGGUCUUGCAGGUCCUUGAUCGCCUGAGAGUGAAAUUGCAGGAGAAGGGUGACACGACGCAGAAUGAGAAGCUGUCUGCGUUUUAUGAGACGCUGAAGAGUCCUCUCUUCAACCAGAUCCUUACUCUCCAGCAGUCCAUCAAGCAGCUGAAGGGACAACUUAGCCAUAUUCCCUCGGAUUGUUCAGCCAACUUUGAAUUUUCUCGAAAGGGUUUGUUAGUGUUCACGGAUGGUUCCAUUACAAAUGGGAGCGCCCACAGACCUUGUAGUAAUUUAACUGCAUCUGGAUUAUUUCCUUGGACCCCAAAGUCAGGAAAUGAAGACUUUAACUCAGUCAUUCAGCAGAUGGCUCAGGGCCGGCAUGUUGAAUAUAUAGAUAUAGAACGCCCUUCAACUGGUGGCCUUGGAUUCAGUGUGGUGGCCCUGAGAAGCCAAAGUCUGGGAUUAAUUGAUAUCUUUGUGAAGGAAGUCCAUCCAGGGAGCGUAGCAGACAGAGAUCAAAGAUUGAAGGAAAAUGACCAGAUUUUGGCCAUUAAUGACACCCCAUUGGAUCAGAAUAUUUCCCAUCAGCAGGCAAUUGCAUUACUACAACAAGCCACUGGGUCUCUGCGUCUGGUCGUGGCCAGGGAAGUGGGCCACACACAAGGCCACACUUCCACCAGCUCAGCUGAUACGUCUCUGCCUGAAACGGUGUGUUGGGGCCACACUGAAGAUGUUGAGCUCAUUAAUGAUGGCUCUGGAUUAGGGUUUGGGAUAGUUGGAGGAAAGUCAAGUGGCGUGGUGGUGAGAACUAUUGUUCCUGGAGGACUGGCAGACCGAGAUGGGAGACUACAGACAGGGGACCACAUUUUGAAGAUUGGUGGUACAAAUGUGCAAGGGAUGACCAGUGAACAAGUUGCUCAGGUGCUAAGGAACUGUGGGAAUUCAGUAAGGAUGCUGGUGGCCAGAGACCCUGUUGGUGAAAUUGCAGUAACACCUCCUACCCCUGUAUCCUUACCUGUUGCCCAGCCUGCUCUAGCCAACAGGACCCUUGGUUCUGACUGUUCUCUUUUUGAAACUUACAAUGUUGAACUUGUUAAAAAAGAUGGACAGAGUCUUGGGAUUAGAAUUGUUGGCUAUGUUGGAACAGCUCAUUCAGGGGAAGCUUCAGGGAUUUAUGUGAAAAGUAUAAUACCAGGCAGUGCUGCAUAUCACAAUGGCCAAAUUCAAGUGAAUGACAAAAUAGUGGCUGUGGACGGUGUGAAUAUUCAGGGUUUUGCCAACCAGGAUGUUGUUGAAGUAUUGCGAAAUGCAGGGCAGGUGGUGCAGCUAACUCUAGUGCGCAGGAGAACAUCUUCAUCUGAUCCUCCACUUGAACAGCCUUCAGACAGAGGAACUGUUGCAGAACUACCUAAAGUACCAGCCCUAACUGGAUCCGUGGAAACAGAAACUAAUUUGGGUACGGAAGCAGAGGAAAUUGGAGAAAACCCGGAUAAUCUAAAAAAGAACAACGUACAAGCCUUAGAAAAACCAGAUAUAUAUCCAGAGGAAGUCCCAGGCCCCACAGAAAAUGAGCUGAAAUCCAGAUGGGAAAACCUACUGGGCCCAGAUUAUGAAGUAAUGGUAGCUACUCUGGACACACAGAUUGCAGAUGAUGAGGAGCUACAGAAGUAUUCAAAGCUGCUGCCUAUCCAUACUCUGAGACUUGGUGUGGAAGUGGAUUCCUUUGAUGGGCACCAUUAUAUCUCUUCAGUUGCUCCUGGUGGUCCUGUGGAUACCCUGAAUCUCCUACAGCCGGAAGAUGAACUUCUUGAGGUCAAUGGUGUGCAGCUUUAUGGGAAGUCUCGCCGAGAAGCAGUCUCCUUUCUUAAAGAAGUGCCUCCACCAUUUACCUUGGUUUGCUGUCGCCGGCUGUUUGAUGAUGAGGCCUCAGUUGAUGAGCCAAGGACCAUGGAACCUUCCCUUCUCGAGGCAGAGGUGGGCCGCAGGGUAGAUGUCAGCGCUGAAGACGAUGAUGAUGGGGAGUUAGCCCUGUGGUCUCCUGAAGUCAAGAUUGUGGAGCUGGUGAAAGACUGUAAAGGCCUGGGAUUCAGCAUUCUGGAUUAUCAGGACCCCUUGGAUCCCACAAGGUCGGUGAUUGUGAUUCGCUCCUUGGUAGCAGAUGGUGUAGCAGAAAGAAGUGGAGAACUUUUACCUGGAGAUCGCCUAGUCUCGGUCAAUGAGUUCUCUCUGGACAAUGCCACACUUGCUGAGGCUGUCGAAGUGUUGAAGGCUGUGCCCCCAGGUGCUGUGCACCUGGGCAUCUGUAAGCCUUUGGUGGAAGAUGAGAAGGAAGAAAGUUGUUUUAUUUUACAUUCAAGCAACAAUGAAGACAACAGUGAGCCUUCAGAAACUGUUCAUGACAUACAUUCAUCUUUAAUCCUUGAGGCACCCAAGGGAUUUAGAGAUGAGCCGUAUCUUGAAGAACUUGUGGAUGAACCAUUUCUAGAUUUGGGAAAGUCUUUGCAGUUCCAACAAAAAGAAAUUGAUACCAGUUCAGAAGCCUGGGAAAUGCAUGAAUUUCUGAGCUCUCCCCUGGAGGGAGCGGGUGAGGAAAGAGAGAUGCUUGUUGAUGAGGAAUAUGAACUCUAUCAAGAUCACCUCCGGGCCAUGGAGUUACACCCACCACCGCACAUUCAGGAGGCCACACAUGCACCUCCUAGGCAGGAACUCCAGGUUGGCACACAGUGGCUGCCUACUAACCUCUCAGGAGGCGAUGAUGCAGAGUCCAUGAGGAGUGUAUAUUCCCAGGAGAUGCAGCAGUAUAGCUACAGCACUACAGACAUGAUGAAAGAAACAUUUGGCCUUGAUUCCCAGUCGCCCAUACCCUCCUCUGAAGGAAAUGGUCUGCACGGCAGAUUUGAUGACAUGGAACAUCUUCAUUCACUAACAACCAACAGCCUGAAUUUAGGCACGAUGAUUCCAAAUGAUGUCCACAGUCCUGGCAUGCUCGUCGAUCUUCCAGCUGUGGCCCAAAGAAGAGAGCAAGAAGAUCUGCCUUUGUACCGACUCCCCAGUGCCCGGGUUGUCUCCAAGUCUUCGUCACACGUGGUCACAGUGUCUUCAAGAUAUGGAAAUGCUGCAUGGGAGUUACCAGAGAGAGAGGAAGGUGAAGGAGAGGAAACGCCCAACUUCAGCCACUGGGGUCCACCAAGAAUUGUGGAGAUUCUUAGAGAACCUGGCGUGUCUCUUGGCAUCAGCAUUGUUGGUGGACAAACAGUUAUAAAACGCCUAAAGAAUGGAGAGGAGCUCAAGGGUAUAUUCAUCAAACAAGUGUUAGAAGAUAGUCCUGCAGGCAAAACCAAUGCUCUUAAAACUGGGGAUAAAAUACUUGAGGUAUCCGGCAUAGACCUGCAGAAUGCCUCCCAUGCAGAAGCCGUGGAGGCCAUCAAGAACGCAGGAAACCCUGUGGUGUUCGUGGUACAGAGCCUGUCAUCCACCCCAAGGGUCAUCCCAAGUGUGCAUAACAAAGGCAAGUCACCUGCCAGGAACCAGGAUCAAGACAUUCAAGAAAGAAGAGCAAAGAGGCAUGGAACAGCUCCACCUCCAAUGAAACUGCCUCCCCCUUACAGAGCUCCAUCUGUGGACAGUGAGGAAAGCGAGGAAGAAUGUGCCCUGACCGACAAAAAGAUCAGGCAAAGAUAUGCAGACCUGCCUGGAGAAUUACACAUUAUUGAGCUGGAAAAGGAUAAGAGUGGAUUGGGACUCAGUCUCGCUGGCAAUAAAGACAGGUCACGGAUGAGCAUAUUUGUGGUGGGGAUCAACCCAGAGGGACCUGCUGCUGCAGAUGGACGGAUGCGGAUUGGAGAUGAACUGCUAGAGAUAAACAAUCAGGUCCUUUAUGGAAGAAGUCAUCAAAAUGCAUCUGCCAUUAUUAAGACUGCCCCCACCAGGGUCAAACUGGUUUUCAUUAGAAACGAAGAUGCAGUCCAUCAGAUGGCCGUCGCUCCCUUCCUGUUGCCAUCGAACUCCCCAUCACCUGUUGAGGAUCUGGGUAGCACUGAACCUGUCAGUAGUGAGGAAGACAGCAAUGUGGACGUUAAACACCUGCCUGACACGGAAAGCCCCAAACCGGAGCUAAGCUGCGAAGUCAGCGUCUUAGAACAGAGCUCCAUUGUGCAGUGGCUGGAAGGUGAGCCAGCUCCAAGCCAGUGUGUAUGCCAAGGGAAGGAACCCGUGCCGCUGCAGGGCCAUGAAGUGCUUCUGUCUUCUUUGAAAUCUCAGGAAGACCUGUCUGAGGUGGUUGAUCACAGCAUAGUGGCAGAGCAGCAGAGGGCGUUGGAGUCGCCUGACAGUGUGGCUGCCUGCCAGAUGAAACAGCAAACAUAUUCAACACAAGCACCCGUCAACUCACAAGAGAUAUCACCAGCACCAAGUCCGUUAUGUCAGUCAGAAGAUGGAGACCUCACAGACUCUGGGAACUUCCAGGCUCCUGUCUCAGUGGACCCUGCAACGUGUCCCAUUGUCCCUGGACAGGAAAUGAUCAUAGAAAUCUCCAAGGGGCGCUCAGGGCUUGGUCUCAGCAUCGUAGGAGGAAAAGACACACCUUUGGAUGCUAUAGUUAUCCAUGAAGUCUAUGAAGAAGGUGCAGCAGCCAGAGAUGGAAGACUGUGGGCUGGAGACCAGAUAUUAGAGGUUAAUGGGGUUGACCUGAGGAGCUCCAGCCAUGAAGAAGCCAUCACAGCCCUGAGGCAGACCCCCCAGAAGGUGCGGCUGGUGGUAUACAGAGAUGAGACACAGUACAGAGAUGAGGAAAACUUGGAGGUGUUCCUGGUGGAUCUGCAGAAGAAGACUGGCCGAGGACUGGGCCUCAGCAUUGUUGGGAAACGGAGCGGAAACGGAGUGUUUAUCUCUGACAUUGUGAAAGGUGGAGCAGCAGCCCUUGAUGGCAGGUUGAUUCAAGGAGACCAGAUCUUGUCUGUGAAUGGAGAGGACAUGAGACAUGCCUCGCAGGAGACAGUGGCCACCAUCCUCAAGUGCGUCCAGGGCCUUGUGCAGCUGGAGAUUGGGAGACUCCGAGCCAGUUCCUGGGCCUCCUCUCGGAAGACCUCUCCAAACAGCCAGGGGGAUCAGCACAGUGCACACGGCAGCUGCCGGCCUUCCUUCGCCCCUGUCAUCACUGGCCUACAAAACCUGGUUGGCACAAAAAGAGCUUCUGAUCCUCCCCAGAAAUGCACAGAGGUGGGACCAAGGACUGUUGAGAUAAUCAGAGAGCUCAGUGAUGCCCUUGGAAUCAGUAUUGCUGGAGGAAAAGGAAGUCCUUUAGGAGAUAUCCCGAUAUUUAUUGCCAUGAUUCAGGCCAAUGGAGUGGCCGCACGUACCCAGAAGCUUAAGGUUGGAGAUCGGAUUGUGAGCAUUAAUGGGCAACCUCUGGAUGGACUGUCUCACACAGACGCUGUUAAUCUCCUGAAGAAUGCCUUCGGGCGCAUUAUCCUGCAGGUUGUGGCAGAUACCAAUAUAAGUGCCAUAGCAACUCAGCUUGAAAUCAUGUCUACAGGCUCCCAGCUUGGCUCUCCGACUGCUGACGGCCAUCCGGAAGACACGGAAACACCUGCACCUAAGAUUAUUACUUUGGAGAAAGGCUCUGCAGGAUUGGGGCUUAGUAUUGUAGGGGGUUAUGGAAGUCCACACGGAGACCUGCCAAUUUAUGUCAAGACUAUAUUUGCAAAGGGAGCAGCAGCAGAGGAUGGCCGAUUAAAACGAGGUGACCAGAUCUUAGCUGUCAAUGGCGAGACCCUGGAAGGUGUUACGCACGAGCAAGCUGUCGCCAUUCUACAGCAGCAGAGAGGGACUGUGGCCUUGACUGUGCUGCCGUGAGCACAGGUCCUGAUCAUGAUAUAUGAGACUAUGACAGCAUUCUGUGGCUUUCAGUUGGGAUGAAAAGUUGCCUCAGCUAAAACUCAGUAUCCUCAUUGGCUCUGAUUCUGUUUGUAGAAACUGGAGCUGCCAGUUCUGCUUCCUAACCCACAUCCCUCAUUCCCACAGAGGCUUAACUGCACGCGCCUGUGGUUUCCUCUAAUGAGUGGAAACAGAGGUUUAGCUUGUCAUCUUAACUCGUGAUUUGCUUAUGCUAAUUUGUCUCUUCCAAUAAGGCAGAAAACAUUAGCAGUGUAAUUAACUUCCUCACAAUGAACUCUUCAUACUCUGCCACUGGGAAUCUCUGCAGUCUCUCUCUGUGACUGACUCACAGGCCAGGAGGUGCAAGCCCUGGACCACACUGUAGAGAUAAGCAAGUUUAGGCAUCCUCAGCCUAUUCAGAGUGAGUGACAAGGGUAGUUUGCCUUUCCCUUACCUCCAUGCCAGCGUGCCCAGAAGCUCAGCCUGUAGCAGCUGUGUGCAACACUUGAACAUAAAGUAACGGAGCAGAUGACCUGGGAAUCCAGUGCUCAGCUUAAGUUUCCCAGGUUCCUCCUCCUGCUGGCUGAAGUUCUACAUCUAAGAAAGUAAUCGUAGCAGAGUGUAAGACGACUUGUAGAGUGAAAUGGGCUGGAAGGGGGAGAUGCUCGUCACUGAGUUCUGUAGAAUCUUCUGUUGGAAACAAAGGAGAGUGCCAUGAAAGGUGAGCACAAGGUCAGCAAUGGCCGUAGUCCGGCAUUAUUAGCUAUAACUCAGUGCUGCAUCACCAGGACUUAAUGGGCCCUAAUGUAAAAUGUUAUUUAAUUAGUGAGGAUUUUAACUGAGGUUCCCUUUGAGUAGAUGUAACCCCAGAGUGCAUUAACUCUUGGUGGAAUAUUUGUGUGGCUAGUCCAAAGGAGUGCCUCAGUUUUACGUUGACAGAGCAUUUCCGUGACUGCUAUUAAGGUUUUUGAGAUUCCAUGGGGUUUUUAGAAUUUCUAAUGUAGCCAAGACACGUGGUUCUGUUAGGGUCCCGUCUCCCAGUUCAGGAGAAGCCUCCAGCCUCAGUGUUCUGUGGGAAUGAUGCCUGCAAGAGCACCUCAAGCAGCAGAGGCCGAAUGAAGCCCAGGUGAAAAUGCACCUUAAAAGAUAAAGAUAGGGGCUGGAGAGAUGGCUCAGAGGUUAAGAGCACUGGCUGCUCUUCCAGAGGUCCUGAGUUCAAUUCCCAGCAACCACAUGGUGGCUCUCAACCAUCUGUAAUGAGGUCUGGUGCCCUCUUCUGGUAUUCAGGUAUAUGCAAGCAAGCAGAACACUGUGUAUAGAUAAUAAAUAAAUAAAUCUUUAAAAAAAAAAGAUAAAGAUAGCUGAUUUAUGCUCUCCAAGUGUGAUUCUGCUUCAUUUUGAUGGAAUGACCUUAAAUACACAUUUUGAAAUAAUA